CUCAGCCAUGAAAAGGCAUAAGUGCAUUAAACGUCAGUCUAUGGACGUAGGGCAGAUGAUAUUAGCUUCACAAAAUAGCCAGCUGUCUACCCGUGUACGCAAGGUUGAUCAAAUGAAAUUACGGGAUUUGUUCUCAGCUUUACUCAUUGCAAGAAAUGUUCCAUUUGCUUUGGUGGAGUGGAAAGAGUUUAGGGAUAUAUGUGCUUAUUUAAAUGAUGACUUUAAACCAAUAUCAAGGAAUACUGGGAAAGCCGAUGUGGUAAAGAAACAUAAAGCACAAAAAGAAGUUAUUCGCAACAGAUUGAAACUUGCUCCAGGUAGGAUAUGUCUAACAUCAGACAUGUGGACUUCUGUAACAACUACUGGAUAUAUAAGCUUAACUGCGCACUAUCUUGAUAAAGAUUGGGUAUUGCAAAAGAAGCUUCUGAAUUUCUCUCCCCUUCCACCACCUCAUACAGGUGAACACCUUUCUUCUAAGUUAUUUGCAAUGAUAGAAGAUUGGGGAAUUGAAGAAAAGGUAUCCAACAUCACCUUGGAUAAUGCUGCAAAUAACGGAGCUUGUGCUGGAAUUAUGAAGAGUAGACUUGUUGCAAAGAAGAUCUUGUUGAACGAUGGAAAAUACUUUCAUGUGCGUUGUUGUGCUCAUAUCUUAGCUCUUAUUUAAAAGAAGGACUUACGAAGAUUGAUCCAGCCGUGCUUAAGAUUCGAGCGUCAGUGAAGUCCCUUAAAAAGUCCCAAGUAAGAAAACAAAAGUUCUUGGACAUUGUUGAAACUUUAGGAAUGUCUGGUCUGAAAAAGGGUAUUCGGCAAGACGUAAAGACAAGGUGGAAUUCAACUUAUCUUAUGUUAGACAGUUGUAUCUUGUAUAAGCCAGUUUUCUCUCAUUUGAAGUUGGUGGAUUCAGACUAUGAAGACUGUCCAACUAAUGAAGAAUGGGAACAAAUUGAAGUAGUCACAAAGUUUCUCAAGGUGUUUCAUGAACUCACAAAGGUUUUUUCUGGUAGUAAGUAUCCUACUUCCAAUCUGUAUUUUGAAAGAAUUUGUCAAGUUCAGGUGUUACUAAAGAAAGAGAGCAGAAGUAAUAUUGAAUUCAUUAGGAACAUGGUAAAAGAGAUGCAAGCAAAAUUUGAUAGUUACUGGAAGGAGUUGAGUCCUAUAUUGGCUAUGGCAGUUGUGUUAGAUCCUAGAUCGAAAAUGAAUUUUGUGAAAUUUACUUACUCCAAGUUGUAUCCUGAUGAGAGAGAAUUAGAAUGUCAAGUUAAUAAAGUGCAUAGUAAUAUAAAAGCACUUUUUAAUGAGUAUUACACCUUGUCAAGUUCAAGAGCUUCCAACAGUUGUGCAGCUCAAAAUUUGAGUGUUCAAAAUGGUGGGAAUUUUGCUGCCCAAGAAGGGAGUGAUUUUUUUCAGGAAUAUGUUGCAACACAGGAACGUGGUGGUAAUGUAUUAACUGACUUGUCAGAGUUAGAUGAAUAUCUUGGCGAGAUGGGAUAUUUUGUCAAUUCCUAUUUCAACCGUCGCAUCGGAGUAUGCAUUUAG